UGAGCAGCUCCCACCCUUUGUCUUUGCGAGGAGGAGCAGCAAGAGGUCUUGCCCGGAGCUGGAGGAGCUGCCCCGUGCCCUCUGAGACCCGCGCCCGCCGGUGGGCUGCUGGAGCAUGCUGGCCUGUUUGGCCAGGGGGAACUUGCUGGAUAUUCUCCAGGAAGGAUUCACGGAGCAACAGCUACAGACAUAUGUGGCCUGGGUGAAUUCCCAGCUGAAGAAGAAGCCAACAGCAAAGCCAGUCCAGGACCUGAGACAAGAUCUCCGAGAUGGAGUCGUUCUGGCUUUGCUCAUUGAGAUUGUAGCUGGGGAGAAGCUCAAUGGCAUUCAGGUCAACCCCACCAGCCAGCAGGAGAUGAGGGAAAAUGUGGAUAAAGUCUUGCAGUUUGUGGCAUCCAAGAAGAUCCGGAUGCAUCAGACGUCAGCGAAAGAGAUUGUCGAUGGGAACUUGAAAUCCAUCAUGAGGCUGAUCCUGGCCUUGGCUGCCCACUUCAAGCCGGGCUCGGGGAGAGCAGGGAGCCACAGCCCUGCUGGAGUGGUGGGGAAGAGCUGCCCAGCAAGCCCUGGCCAGCGCGGAGCCCGCUCGGCGGCGGCGGCGGCGCAGGGAGCGGUGGCAGCCCUGGCCGAGGCUCGGCGGGACGCGCUGCGCUCCGGCCGGGACGGGCUCAGGCUCAGGCACAGAAACAGCAGCAUGGAUGAGGAGAUUGAAAACCCUUACUGGAGUGUCCGGGCCCUGGUGCAGCAGUAUGAAGGGCAGCAGAACAUGCCACUGGAGCCCCACUCUUCCAGCCUCACAUCACCCAGCCCUAUCCACAGUGCCAAGAGUGAAUCCACUGCAGCCCCAUCCGAGGAGAGGGAAAGACUUGUGAUCAGCCACCCUGAAGAAACAGAAACCAAACCAGAAGAGACACAACCUCAUUUCCAGCCUGAGUGGCAAGCAGGGAACCCUGGUUCAUAUUUGGAGAAUUCAUGGGAGGAGCAGCUUUUGGAACAGCAGGACCAUUUGGAAAAGGAAAUGGAGGAAGCAAAGAAGAUGAUUUCAGGUUUGCAGGCUUUGUUGCUCAAUGGAUCUUUACCCGAGGAUGAGCAGGAAGGGUCCUUUGAACUUUGUGAACACGGAGCCUGCCCCGAGGAGCAGCUGAUCAUAAUUCGAAGUCGCCUGGACCAGAGUGUGGAAGAAAAUCAAGACCUCAAGAAGGAGCUGCUGAAAUACAAACAAGAAGCUCGAAACCUACAGGGAAUAAAGGAUGCUUUACAGCAAAGGCUGAUCCAACAGGAUGCUUCAGUUCUCCAGCUAAAGCAGGAGCUGCUGCGAGCCAACAUGGACAAGGAGGAAUUGCACAACCAGAAUGUUGACCUUCAGAGGAAGGUUGAAGAGAGGAACCGGCUGCUGGCAGAAUACAAAAAGGAGCUGGGCCAGAAGGAUCGGCACUUGCAGCAGCACCAGACCAAGCUGGAUGAGAUGCUGAGGCAGCUUUCUGAGGCCAGUUACCAGCAGGUGGAUUUGGAGCGGGAGCUGGAGCACAGGCAGGCUCUGCUGGCUCACUGCAUGAAGAGGGAAGCUGAAGAGGUGCUGGCUUACAGCAGCCACAGUGCCCAGAGCAAUGGCUUCCUCCAGACAGCAGGGAAAGGAGCUGCUCCCACAGCCCACCGGGGGACAAGUGACUUGCAGCUGGUCCGUGAUGCGCUUCGUAGCCUGAGGAACAGUUUCAGUGGCCACGACCCGCAGCACCACACCAUCGACAGCCUGGAGCAGGGCAUCUCCAGCCUGAUGGAGCGGCUGCACCGCGUGGAAACGCAGAAGAGGCAAGAGAGAAGGAUCCAGGGGAAACCACCAGCAAGCAGAGCAACAGAUGAGUGUAGAGACUCCUGGCCUCCCAAGUCCAAGCUGCCCCACUCCCACAGCACCCCCGUGAUGAGCACCAGUGCCUGCACCAAAGUGUUGUACUUCACUGACCGCUCCCUCACACCCUUCAUGGUCAACAUACCAAAGAGGUUAGGGGAGGUGACCCUGAAGGAUUUCAAGGUGGCCAUUGAUCGUGAAGGGACCCACCGGUACCACUUCAAAGCCCUGGAUCCAGAGUUUGGCACAGUCAAGGAGGAGGUGUUCCAUGAUGAUGACAUCAUUCCUGGUUGGGAGGGGAAAAUUGUGGCCUGGGUGGAAGAAGACCACGGGGAGAAUUAACCAAACUCCUACAUCUUGUUGCUAUGGAAACCUGUUCCUGGCUGCUGAGCUCAAAGAAGGACCGGGAAGCACGUCUGCUGGAGGGAGUCCAAGCUGCCAAAAAAACCCAAACACAGCAAAACAGAGGCUUUCUCUGCACACCAGGGGCCAUGCACGUUGUGUGGGUGGACACCUGGCACCUGGCUGUCCGUGGCCAAAUGCAGAGUGUGCUCUGAGCCUGAAGAGACAGGUCUGUGGGAAGGGGACACCUUGUUUUGUCCUGUCGACUACACCCUGAAGGCCUUAAUGAUGAACUGUUCCCUCGCCCUGCUUCCCCACUCCUGCCCUGUGCACUGCACCCUAGGGGCUGGGCAUUUCCUCUCUGGUUUCUUGUACAUGGUGUUUCACUGAGCUGCACUGGCAGCAGAACCCUGAAGCUUGGAGUCAGAAGAAGCUACAAGGUUGUGAGCUGAAGGUUUGAUCAGCUUUGGUCCUGGACUUGCAUGUGCUGCAGGAGCAGAGUGAACUUUCUGGACAUUAGAGAAGACUAAAGUCUGACCUGGGGAGGGAAGAGGUUUUAUGUGUGGGCUGAAGCAAAGAUCACUAGCUUGGCAAAGCUCCCAUUCUCCUGAACUCCAGCUUCCCUUUCCUCUCUCUGCUUUUCCCACUUGCUCUCCAAAGCUGCCCUCACUUCUGGGGAUGCCUUGUUGCCAUGGGGACUGUGGGACCUCGGUGCUUAUUUGCUGAAGGAUUUAAUUUGUGGGGGAGCUGGAAGCUUCCCUUAAGAGCUUCCCUGAAGCACUUAAACCCCUUUCCUUGCUGAGCCUCUUCCCCUGCACUCCUCUUUCAGCAAGACAGUUGGUCGCCUCCUGUGCCAGGCAUCACUGUGUGCUGCUGCCCAACCCUCACCAGGGCCACCACACACUUACCCACCCCAGCAGGAUAAACUCCACCAGUUACACCACCAGCUCCCUGGUGUGCCUGCUCCUGGGAUGCCAGGAAAUCGAGGACUGGGAAAAAGACCCAAGCCCUAAAAACCCUGAGGCUGGGGUUUUCUUGUUGGUCUUUAUUUCUGCUUUGCCUGUCUUGCCUGGCUCAGAAGGUCGAGUGCCAAGUCAAGGCUUUGCUCAUGUCUGUGUGGUCCUACCAUGGACUUACCUGUGUGACUGUGCAUGAGGUGGGGAGGGGGUGAACCUGCUUUUACUCUUUUUAUAUUAACUUGUCCUUUUGUAAACACGUUCCUGUUCUUGGAAUGAUUUUGUACCUGUUUACAUUUGUCUGAGGACUGUGGAUAUUUUUAUACCAGUGCAAGUGCUCUCUGUCUGUUCCUGCACGCAUUAUACUGUGUUUUGCUCACUCUCUAGUGGAUGCUGAGAUGUUUUGUAUCACCUGUCAACACAACACUGGGCUCAUAAUGUCGUUUUACUAUGGAAAUCCAACUAGUUUCUACUGGGGUUUAUAUUCUUUUUGCCAGCUCCAACAGGCAGCAAGGAUACUAUUUAUUUUCUCACUGCUUCACUGUCCAGCAAGUAGCUCAAGGCUCUUCUGGGGCUCUGUGCCACAUUGGCACAACACAACGUGCUUCCUGUUCUGGGCCAUUUAUGGUGACUUUCUCCUUCCAGGCAGCAGCAGGAGAGUUCAUCCAUUGAGCAGGCUUAUCAGGGGGCUGCACGGUGGGGAAUUACCUCUCCUUUGGAAAAGAAACAACUUCCUGCCUCCCUGGAAACAGUUUCUCUGUUGCAUGAUCUCUGGUGGGCUGGUAAAGAGAUACUGAAAUCAACUCUGUUUGAAUGGCAAAUGUUUUUCUCAAGUGUUGUGUUCAGGUUUUACUCCCAUCCAUAUUAUUCCAGCAAGAGCCUUGCAGCUAGGCUGGGAAUUCCUGGAGAAACUCCAGGGAGUUUCAGGUCUGUGGUUGCCAGUUCAGUAGCCUCUCUGCAGUUUGGGGUUGGAGCACUGAAGAGGUGGGAGGCUGUUGAUCAGAGCCUCUCAGGGAGAGUUCUUCAGCCUUGCCCAUGGAUCUCCCGUGUUUCCAUGAAGAAAACAGAUGGUGACUGGUUAGGAGACAGCUUGUCCUUCUUGUUAGAUCAGUUAACUACUCCUGGUCACCUUCAGUGCCACCGGAGAGCCAAGGACUGAACCCAACAUGGGGACAUGGAGCUGUCAUCCAUGCUGGCAUCCCAUGUAAGCCAGGACAAAGGACACCCUGGAUUCCUGCCUGCAGCUCCCCUCUGUGACAGGAAAGGUGGAAUUGCUGUCCAACUGCUGCUCUGUUGAGCUGUGUCCCGUGCACAUCCAGUUUUAUUCCUGUAUUGACACCUCAGCCUUCUCCAGACUUCCUACCUGGGCAGGAGCUGACAGAAAGGGGAGGACAUGAGGAAUCUGAGGCAGGGGAAUGAGGUUAUCAGGUGGGAAAACCAGUGGCCAGCUGUGUCUAAUAGAAGGUGGUGCUGUUAAAACAGUUUGGCACUGCUAGAACAGUGACUUCCAUGGAUUUAUUCUGAGGGAUGUGCUCUUAACCUCAUGCCCAGCACUUGUAUCUUUAUGCCCAACUUUCUUCCAAGUUACUUUCCCCUUCCUGUAAGUGUGACUUGCUUGUGUAACAUACAUGCUCUGUGUAAAGUUAUAUUUUCAUAGGAACUCAUGUUUGCAUUCAUCACUUAGAAAGGGCAGUUAUUCCAAAGCCUGUUCUCUAGGAAAAGUGGAGCUUUAUUGGGAUGAGCCUUGGAUUAGUGUACAAAGCAGUUUUAAUAAA